CGCGGGAGGCGGGGCCCCGGCCGCCAUCUUAUGUACGUGCGCCUGCCCCUUGGGAGCGCGGUUAGCGGUGGGCGGUCGAGUCAACCUCCCGCAGCGCGGCGUCCAGGGGCAGGCACGCGGAGCCAGAGUUACUGUCGCUUUAGCGUACGUUCAGAGAGGACAAUGUCCAGCGUGCCCGUGGCUGUGGUGACCGGCUCCAACAAAGGGAUCGGCUUCGCAAUUGUGCGGGCUAUGUGCAAGCAGUUUCCAGGGGAUGUGUACCUCACAGCCCGGGACCCCGGACGUGGCCAGGAAGCAGUGGCAAAGCUCCAGGAGGAAGGGCUACAUCCUCUCUUCCACCAGCUGGAUAUCGAUGAUCUGCAGAGUAUCAGAGCUCUGCGGGACUUCCUGAAGGAGAAAUAUGGAGGUCUGAAUGUGUUGGUUAACAAUGCAGCGAUAGCUUUCAAAGUUCAUGACCAAACUCCAUUUGCAGUCCAAGCAGAGGUUACCCUGAAGACAAACUUUUUUGGAACCAGGAAUAUUUGCACAGAAUUGUUGCCUAUUAUGAAGCCUUAUGGUAGAGUAGUGAAUGUCUCUAGUAUGGCAAGUAGCUCAGCUCUGGGAAGCUGCAGCCAAGAACUACAGAAGAAGUUUCGCAGCAACACAAUCACUGAGGAAGAACUGGUGGAGCUCAUGACAAAAUUUGUGGAAGAUACCAAGAAAAAUGUGCAUGAGAAAGAGGGGUGGCCAAAUGCUGCAUAUGGGGUGUCCAAAAUUGGUGUCACGGUCUUGUCCAGAAUUCAAGCCCGGAUGUUAAAUGAGAAAAGAAAAGGUGACCACAUCCUUCUCAAUGCCUGCUGUCCUGGGUGGGUGAGAACAGACAUGGCAGGUCCUAAGGCCCCUAAAUCACCAGAGGAAGGGGCUGAGACCCCAGUUUACUUAGCCCUUUUGCCUUCUGAUGCUGAUGGUCCUCAUGGCCAGUUUGUUAGUGAGAAAACUGUUCAGACCUGGUGAUCUUACGGUUUGUGGACCCUUGCAAGUGGUAAUAUGGCUGUGGAUCAGCCUGUGUUUUGGUAGUGACACCCAGAGUCGUCUCAUCCUUUCCACAGCAGCAUGAGGGUCCUUUGUCAUUACGGUGGGGGUUACAUUUCCAGUGUUUCUCCAACACUGUGUUUAUGGUAGGAUGCUUCCCAGCAGUGUCCAUUCUGCUCACAGCACUGACUGGGCAGCCUGACAUCUGAUUUGUGGGGUCUUCCAGCCCAGAUCACAUAAGGGCAGCACCACGUUAACCUAUGUUGAGGUGCCUGACCUUGUUUACCAGAAUUUAGUCUCCGUUAAAUCAUUGAAAUCAUUGCCAGCCCUUCACUUCUCAUACUACCCCUGAGACAGCCUAUGGAUCUCUGGCUUGGGGGUCAGAUGAGGAGACAAAUGCCUUAUGCUUUCUUAGUGCAACAGAUCUUUCUUGAGGACCAUAGGUGCUUCUUGAGUUUGUAUGUGGUUUCUUAAAGGAGAGGAUUUUUUUUUUUUCCUCAGAGCUACAAUCUAACCAGUUUUUUGGGGGAAGCUAAUCAGACUCAAACAGAAUAGCUGUUGUAUAAAAAUUCCUUGUCAUUACAAAAUGGAGUUAGGUGAAAAUAAAAAUAGCACUGAUAUACUAUUAAUAGGAAAGCUUAUCCAGUGGGCUUUAUUAAUGUGUACAUCAAUAAAUGAUUACUUCUGGACUUCUAUUAUUGUGAUACUAAAAUAGAUGUUUGUUGAAAAAUACACUUUAAUUUUUUGCAUCCAGACCUGUAGCUGGAAUGUGUGAUGUUUGGAAUAUAUUAAGAGUAAAUAAACUACAGAACUGAUAAUAGCAAACUUC